AUGGACAAGCAGCUGAUGCAGGAGGCAGUUCUGGAGGAGGAGGAGAGACAGGAGGGGGUUUUAAGCCACAGCAUUGGUAUUCCAGGCUCAAUACCGAGCAUGGCUGUGCAGAAGAAGCAGAGUGUCGUCCCUCCAUCGCAGGGUCCACUGUCGACACGUACCAUCGAGAGCCAGAGGAAGGGAAACCGAUCUCUCAGAAUAGCAGAGAAUGGCUCUUAUUCCAGACCAGAGUCACAGACAAAGAGGGCAAUUUGCUCUUUCAACAAACCUGCCCAGAUCUGCAACACACUUUCUCCACGAGCUGCUGCAGCUAACGGACAAAAUGUGGACGAGAGGCUCAAAGCAGCACGAGAAAGAAGAGAGGAGCACCAGAAGCUUCUGGCCUCUCGGGAACUGAGCAGGCUGGAGAGGGAGCAGCGAGCCAGGCGCUACUAUGAACAACAACUGCAGGAGCGCAGAAAGAGACUGACGGAGCAACGGCUGAAGGAGGAGAGGAGGCGAGCUGCUGUGGAGGAGAAGCGCAAGCAGAGGCUGAGAGAGGAGAAAGAGCGAUAUGAAUCUGCAGUGCGUAGAACGCUGGAGAAGAGCCAAAAGGCCCAGCAGACCCUAAGUCAAAUCACACGGGGCAGAAAGCUCAACAAAAACGUUUCACGCCGCUUGCCACUGACAACAUGGGAGAAGAACCUGGUCAGUCGGCUCCUUACUCCCACAUGCUCUUAUCUGGCCAGGAGCAAGAGUGCCGGUUGUCAGUCUGGACAAGAAGUUGUCCAUGUUUGUCGCCGUGCAGUUUCAUUCCACUCCAUGAAUACCACCACCACCACCUCUCACAGACCCCAGCACCACUCUGGCUCAGCCCACCACAGGUCAUCCGCCUCCCCCAGGGCCAACAACAGCCGGCCGAGAAGCAUCAGUGCGCCCCAGAUCAAAGCCGCAAGACAGCAAGAUACAGUUAAGAAAACUCCAUCAAGUGGCUCAAACAUCAGAUCAACUCCCGUCAAGAGCACGUCAAAACCAGCCACAGUCCGACAAAAACAACCUGCGUCCCCUUCACCUGAACGGACGCCCCAAAGAUCAAUCAGCAGACAUCCGACCCCGAUGCAGCUGGAGCUCCCAUCUGUCCCUGAGGAGGAGGCUGCUGUUUGUACGUCUGCUCUCUCCCCUGAUAACACAAGGCCUGUCAGGAAACCGAGUGAAGGUCAGCGAGAGAAUCCGAGGAAGGAAAAUCCACCAGAGACGCCAUGUCCAAACCUGCCUGACAGAGACAAAGAGGCUCAAAGCAGAGCAGAAGGAGACAGAAUGCCACAAGCUUCAGAAGUCGUGAACAGACCCUCGGCCGGGACUACAGACCCAAACGAGGCCUCGCGCCUGCUGGCUGAGAAGCGAAGGGAGGCUCGCCUUCAGCGGGAGAAAGAGGAGCAGGAGCGCCUGCAGAGGGAGGAGGCCGAGAGGCGCAGCCGCGAGGAACUGGAGCGCAGGAGGGCCGAGGAGCGAGCGAGGCAGCAGGCCGAGGCUCAGCGUCUCAUCGAGGAGAAGAGACGGAGGGAGGAGGAGGAGCAGAGGCGAGCCGAGGAGGAGAGAGCUCAGGCCAUGAGGGAGGCCGCCCUCCUGCAGAAACAACGAGAGGAGGAGCUGGCCAAGGAGAGAGCACAUGCUGAGCAGAUGAAGCAGGAGCGAGAGAUAAUCGCUCAGAAAGAGGAGGCAGAGCGGCAAGCCCGCAAAAAGCGACUUGAGGAGAUCAUGCGGAGAACCAGAAGGACAGAUUCUCCAGAUAUGAAAUCAGCGCCGGUGAGGAUUUUGCCAAAUGAAGUGAAACCAAAGGAAAACACACAGCCUGUUCACAACAUUAAGGUGGAAGAAGCCAUCAAGCUCCCCGUGGGGACAAAAACCACCCAGCUGGGGCUGAACAACGAGGAGGACAUGGUCCCUGUCGUCGCCUUCAAGGAACGCAGGUCUCUGAGAACGCUCACCGGCCUGGAGGAAAUCCAGACCCACCAGCGAGCAGAGGUCAUCUGAUCGCCUUCAGAGCGGCGGACACGCGGAGACUUCCUUGAAGAGCUGUGAUUUCUCUCCGACGCGCAGGAAUCAC